CACGGCAAAAACGAAGGAGCGACCUUAUUAACCGGAGGGAAACCCAUUGGAGACAAAGGAUACUUCAUUGAACCAACUAUAUUCACAGAUGUCACUGAAGAUAUGAAGAUAUACCAAGAUGAAAUCUUUGGACCAGUCAUGUCACUGAUGAAAUUCAAGACGGUGGAGGAAGGGAUCAAAUGCGCAAACAACACGAAAUACGGCCUUGCAGCAGGAAUAGUAAGCCAAGACAUAGACUUGAUCAACACGGUUUCAAGGUCAAUCAAAGCUGGAAUCAUUUGGGUUAACUGCUACUUCGGGUUUGAUCUUGACUGUCCUUAC